AUGAAGUUCCUUCUGAUCUGUAUGCUCCUUGGAGCAGCUGCUGCAUUGGAUGAUGAUAAGAUCGUAGGAGGUUACACCUGUGGUAAGAACGCUCUUCCAUUCCAGGUGUCCCUGAACUCCGGUUACCAUUUCUGUGGUGGGUCCCUGAUUAACAGCCAGUGGGUUGUGUCUGCUGCUCACUGCUACAAAGCAAGCAUCCAGGUCAGACUGGGAGAACACAACAUUUUUGCCAGUGAAGGCACUGAGCAGUUCAUCAACUCUGCCAAGGUCAUCAGACAUUCUGGUUACAACUCCUGGACCCUGGACAAUGACAUCAUGCUCAUCAAGCUCGCCUCUCCUGCUACUCUCAACUCCUAUGUGAACUCUGUGGCUCUGCCCUCUGGGUGUGCCGCCGCUGGCACCAGCUGUCUGAUCUCUGGCUGGGGAAAUACUCUCAGCAGCGGAUCCAACUCCCCAGAUCUCCUGCAGUGCGUGGACGCUCCCGUUCUGACUAGUACCCAGUGUAGCAAUGCCUACCCCGGUGAGAUCACCAACAACAUGAUCUGUGUUGGAUAUCUGGAAGGAGGCAAGGAUUCCUGCCAGGGUGACUCUGGUGGACCUGUGGUGUGUAACGGACAGCUGCAGGGUAUUGUCUCAUGGGGCUAUGGCUGCGCUCUCAAGAACUAUCCUGGUGUCUACACCAAGGUCUGCAACUACGUCUCCUGGAUCCAGAACACCAUCGCUGCCAACUAA